AUGCCAUCCACCUCGGUGACCCUGCCCCACACAGAGGGGCCGCCACAGCCCGGAGGCACCAUGCUCAAGGGGCAACUUCUGCCCGGGGACAAAGGAGCCCCUCCCCUGCAAGGGGCUCCCGAGAAGAGCCCUCUCAGCUCACAGGCCGUGGCAAAGCCCCUCACCCCAACGCCACCUGCCAGGCCCAGGCUGGAGCGUGCCCUGUCCCUGGACGAAAAGGGCUGGAGGCGGCGGCGCUUCCGGGCCAGCCGAGAGGAUCUGGCCAACCAGGACAAGGCUGAGCCCUGCACUGAUGCCCCCGGGGCCCCCACCUGCAGCAGCUCGCCGCCCUGCCUGAGCACCUCCUUACAGGAGAUCCCCAAGUCCCCCCGGGCCCCAGGCAGCCCUUCCUCGUGGGGGAACUGUCUGUCAGGCGUGAUCAGCACGUCCCUGGACCUGCUGCAGAGAGAGACUGCCGCCACGGGGAGCACCCCUAGGCUGGCCGGCGUGCUUCCCCCCCGCCCGCUGCCCGCCAUGGACCUGAACGUCUCCUCGGACUCGCUGAGGGCAGCCAACAAGGCGGACCCCGAGCAUGAGGAUUUCCGGCACCGUGUGCAGAAGAAGCUGGUCCGAGCUCACAGCAGCCUGGGCCCCAGCCGGCCCCGCAGCCCCCUGGCCUGCGACAGCUGCUCCCUGCGCUCGGCCAAGUCCUCCUUCAGCCUCCUGGCGCCCAUCCGUGCCAAGGACGUCCGAAGCAGAAGCUAUCUGCAAGGCAGCCUCCUGGCCAGCGGGGCCUUGCUGGGUGCGGACGAGCUGGCGCGGUACUUCCCGGACCGGAGCGUGGCCAUAUUUGUGGCCACCUGGAACAUGCAAGGCCAGAAGACUGGGAGCAAGCCAGGGCCGCAGACAGAGCCCCCGUUGACGCCACGCAGCGAGGCCAGAGCCGGAGACGGGAAGGUGGCCGAGCGGCUUCUAGACUACGCAAGGACGGUGCAGACCCUUGCCCUGCCCAAGAGCGUGCCUGACACCAACCCCUACCGGUCGAGCCCAGGUACGGUCUUCAAGGGAUUCCGGGAGCCGGACAUCCACUUCCUCCCCUCGUACAAGUUCGACAUCGGCAAGGACACCUAUGACAGCACCUCCAAGCAAAGGACGCCCUCCUACACGGACCGGGUCAUGUACCGGAGCCGGCACCAGGAUGACAUCUAUCCAGUCAGGUACUCGUCCUGCCCCAGCAUCAGGACGUCCGACCACCGCCCAGUGUAUGGCCUGUUCCGUGUCAGAGUGAGGCCCGGGAGAGACAACAUCCCGCUGGCUGCCGGCAAGUUUGACCGGGAACUGUACCUCACGGGAAUCAAAAGGCGGGUUUCCAAGGAAAUUCAGAGACAGCAGGCACUGAAGAGCCAAAACUCCAGCACCAUCUGUACGGUUUCCUGA